AUGAAUAUGCGCGCUGCAGGACAGGCGGAAAUGUUGUGCUACGUGUUGAUUUACAUCAGGUUCAUCAAGGAUAACUCCCUUGCCAACGCUGUGCUUUCAGUCCUGGUGGUGUUCAUUUCGCAGUUCAUUCAACAAAUGGUAAUACUGUACGAGCACAGGUUCAGGGUGGGUGCUGAAGAAGUGGAGCACGGUGAGGAGUUAUCUACCAUUUUCAAAGUUCUAAUGCGAAGCAUACGGUAUUUUCAAAUUGCUUUCCUUCUGCAGUUUUUCUCCUCUAUGGGAUACCAUCUCACAUUUGAUAUUUCAGAAGAUGUAUGUUCUUGGAAACAUGGCUACAUCUUUACUGAUGUGAUUGGUGAGUUUGAUUGUGGCCGCGGUGGGAAGCUGUUCGUCUUUGGUCUUGACUUGGUUAUCCUAUUACUAGAGCUUCUGGCAUUUGACGAAAACUUUACGAAAUGCGUCCGUUCUCCUGACGGGACCCUUCAAGAAACACACCUCGAUGGAUAUGAAUUCCAUAGAUAUGGGAUUUUCAGUAUUUUGAGAUUCGACUCAUAUAAUAUUGAAGCUCACGAACUCAAAUUUACAAGUGAUAGGCAUGAUGUGCUUCAAGCUGAAAGGUACGGUAGCACCGUAUAG